AUGCGAUUGGAGGGUGGUCAUCAAGGAAUUGGUCGGACCUACGAUCGGAACCGCGAUAACUUCUACUGGAGAAAGUUAAAAAGAGCGUACACCGAUAUGUGGCUGAAUGCGUUGAGCGUGAAACAAGCAAAUGACGAUAUCGGAUCCAGGGCAACAUACCCGUUCCAGAUUAUCGCCAUGGAUCACAUAGCUUCGCAUCCCAGAUCUUUUAAUGACAAGAGAGAGCUCUUGAUCUUCGUGGAUAUAUUUUCUGGAUACGUGAUGGCCAAGGCCAGCGCCUCUAGAUCUGCACAGACGACCGCCGAGACUGACGAAGAAUGCGUAUUCCGCAGAUUUGGCGCCAGCGAAGUGAUCCAGCAUGAUCGAGAACCAGGUUUUAUGUUUAACUUCAUCAAGUCUUUUAACAAGAUCUUGGAUCAACACUAA